CGCACCUCCCUCACACUGCUUUUCUUGCGGACAUCACCAUGGCAGCCCAGAAUGGAAACACCAGUUUUGCACCCAACUUUAAUCCACCCCAAGACCAUACCUCCUCCGUCUCCUUUAACUUCAGUUAUGGUGAUUAUGACCUCCCUAUGGAUGAGGAUGAGGACAUGACCAAGACCAGGACCUUCUUCGCAGCCAAGAUCGUCAUUGGCAUUGCACUGGCAGGCAUCAUGCUGGUCUGCGGCAUUGGUAACUUUGUCUUUAUCGCUGCCCUCACCCGCUAUAAGAAGUUGCGCAACCUCACCAAUCUGCUCAUUGCCAACCUGGCCAUCUCUGACUUCCUGGUGGCCAUCAUCUGCUGCCCCUUUGAGAUGGACUAUUACGUGGUACGGCAGCUCUCUUGGGAGCAUGGCCACGUGCUCUGUGCCUCCGUCAACUACCUGCGCACCGUCUCCCUCUACGUCUCCACCAAUGCCUUGCUGGCCAUCGCCAUUGACAGAUAUCUUGCCAUCGUUCACCCCCUGAAACCACGGAUGAAUUAUCAAACGGCCUCUUUCCUGAUCGCCUUGGUCUGGAUGGUGUCCAUUCUCAUUGCCAUCCCAUCAGCCUACUUUGCAACAGAAACCGUCCUCUUUAUUGUCAAGAGCCAGGAGAAGAUCUUCUGUGGCCAGAUCUGGCCCGUGGAUCAGCAGCUCUACUACAAGUCCUACUUCCUCUUCAUCUUUGGCGUUGAGUUUGUGGGCCCCGUGGUCACCAUGACCCUGUGCUACGCCAGGAUCUCCCGGGAGCUCUGGUUCAAGGCAGUCCCUGGGUUCCAGACGGAGCAGAUUCGCAAGCGGCUGCGCUGCCGCAGGAAGACGGUCCUGGUGCUCAUGUGCAUCCUCACAGCCUAUGUGCUGUGCUGGGCACCCUUCUACGGUUUCACCAUCGUUCGUGACUUCUUCCCCACCGUGUUCGUGAAGGAAAAGCACUACCUCACCGCCUUCUAUGUGGUUGAGUGCAUCGCCAUGAGCAACAGCAUGAUCAACACCGUGUGCUUUGUGACGGUCAAGAACAACACCAUGAAGUACUUCAAGAAGAUGAUGCUGCUGCACUGGCGUCCCUCCCAGCGGGGGAGCAAGUCCAGUGCCGAGCUUGACCUCAGAACCAACGGGGUGCCCGCCACAGAAGAGGUGGACUGUAUCAGGCUGAAGUGACCCCCUGGUGUCACACAAUAGAAAACCCCAGUCCAGUACUCAAAGCAUCACCUUCCAUCAACCAAGUUCAUAGGCU